UUUUUUUUUAUUAUUUAUGCAAAAUACAAAUGGAUAAAAGAAAACUACUCCAUGAAGCUAUAGAGUGGUUCAUGGCCACCUUUCAAGUCAUAACUAAUUAUGAAACAGCAAACGAUUAUGCAGAAAUUGCGCUCUAUAUGCUUCCCUACACAAAGACAGAGGAACAUUUCUUGUUCGCUUCAAAGUUGGCUAUUAUGAUGGGUAUGAUGGAUGAUUCAUUUAAUGAACAAGAAUUCGUUGUAUUACUAAACUAUUUGAAAACAUCAGUUGUAAACGAACCCAGUCCUUUCGUUUCAGCUAUCAUCAGGGUAUUUGCUGAUUUUAAAGCGGUGUCAAUCUAUGAAGAAAAUUACAAUAAUAUGGUCAAAUACAUUGUAGCCUUCAUCGAAUCCACCAAAGGAAAGAAAUCAAAUGACAGGAUGGAUCGUAUCAUUGAUACUUGCAUGAUACCGUUUUAUAUCACUAGUCUUGAUUCGAACCGUAUCCUCGCCGACAUGAAUAACUACAAGUUGCUUGAUAGUGCAUAUGGAACGCGUAUCGAUAAUGACGUGCUUACGUACCCAAAGGAUUAUAUAUCAGAUUACAUGUCGAAGCAUAGCAACCCAGUUUACGCAGGCAUAUCCAUGGGAGAUCAAGUGGACGCCAUCAAGAACGACUUUGUAACACAAUUGCUGUAUCUCGAACCAACUCUCGAGGAUGCCAUUUACUUUCAAGGACGUAAUGGCGCUUUUCUUUGGUCAUUAUUUACAAAGAGAUAUGGUCGUAUCCUUAAGACGGUAUAUGAAGACACUCAGACGGUAGGAAACAUUAGAAACGACAUCAAUGAGAAUGUCGUCAUUUCUGCUAAAAAACAUUAUUUUUUGUAAGCUGGUGUGAUGCAUCUCAAUUUACACAAUAUCUACGGAUGUCAAAAGAUUUUUAUUGCAUUAGCUUUUUCUCUUACUUCAUCUAAAUAAAAAUCUUCUUUUUUUUUUGUCUUAAAAUACAACACAACCCAUGAUGAUGAUUAUUUUUUUUUUA